CGGGAACCCCCAAUCCAACAGAUCACAGCCAUGUCAACCCCUCAAGACCUCCGCGACCCUCGCAACUCCGAGGGUGAAGCCUACAGAGAUGACGUCAACCAGCUCAAACUGCUCAAGCGCAGCGCUCUCCACGUUCUCGAAGUAGCAUGCCAAUCAAUCAAGGCCAGCUCCCCCGACGCUUGGAUCCAGGCGCGUCUGCAGCCGAAUUCGUUCUGGAAAUUUGACCUCAACGGGGUGCUCAACGUUCUAGACGACGCAAUCGCGCGCGAUAUCUAUGCCCAACUGCGGCGUCUCUCAUACGUCCACAAGCGCAUUACCCAGAUUCUAAUUAACGCCGACGAGCAGGGGUUCUUCCCCCGCGGGCGAGCCCGCUUCCGGCGCGCCGUCGAGUUCGGCCGCUCGCUAGCGCUCGCCACCCGAACAUUUGCGUACCGGCUGGCUAGAAAGCCCUAUUUCUUCCUGACGAGGCUUGGGAUGGCGAGCUUCGCGAACUUUGACGUCGAGGGCUAUAUGGCUACCAGCGAGUAUGUCGUGCCUGCGGCCCGGGUGUUUUGGCUGGAGAAACGCAUGCGCAGUGGGAUGGAGCUGUAUCCAGCGGAGCGCCGCUACGAGCCGCUGAAUAUGACUAGGCAUGUGUUAGUGCACAAUCUAGAACACAAGGUGUAUGUGGACAUGUUGGCAGGCUUCUGCUACAUGUCGCCUGAAUACCUGGACUUUCUGUCGCUCACGGGCUACCUGACGCUGUCGCGGGUUCGUUUUGGGCUCUUCGUCGAAGACCUUCGGUUUGCGCUUGCACUGCAACCCGAACGUGGUGGCCGACCUGGCCGCGUACCGUCUAUGGAUGUAUUCCCUGUAUGCACUGAGGACGCCUUAGCUCCUGGGUCUGAAAACCGCUCGUGUCCGAUGUGCGCGUUCGACUUCGGUCCCGUUUACUCCCAAGACAACGCCACGGAGCCCGCCGUCAAAACGCCCUGCGGCCACUUCAUCGGCAGACACUGCCUAGAGUCCUGGCUCAGCCACGGCACUUGCCCAGUCUGUCCACAGCCGCUUCUCUCGUUCGAGGAUCAGCUGCCUGUGGCUGCGCGCGAGCCGUACCUAGAGCUGUUGAAUCUCAACGAAUGCACGAACGCGCUUGAUGAGGAGGUGGAUAAAUAUCUGCUCGAGGGGCCGAAAGAGGUCUACGAUGACGAGUUCGGGCAGUUGUUGCAGAGUAUGGAUGAGUUGAGGCAUUGGUUUGCGGAGGCGAAGGUUGCGGUCAUUCACGCCGUUUUAUCCGCCGAUGUUGUUUAUCCUCCAGGACUCGAAGAGGAUUGGUCAUCCGGGGAGGAGUCAUUCGAGGAGUUCGACGCGCAGGAGGAUUCUCCUUAAGUUCCAAAUGACUGGCAAGCCCUGGCGGCUGCGGCAAUAGAAACACAUUGAAGAAAACUACGAAAAGUACAACAGUGGCCUGGCGCAUUAAGAGAAUGUGAAGAGGGAGGAUCCACGCGGAUCUAGAUCUGUUGUUGACUGUGGAAGCGAUGUCCUCAUGCAUGCUCAAGGUUGAGGUAUCAGGCGGACGUGGGUACAAGCUGACGAGACUAGCGGAUCCAUGUAUGUUGGUAACACAAUGUUCAACUUGGCUUGCACCUUCAAUAUUCGCCAACAAGCUGCCAGGUCACCGCGCAAGUCUGCAACAUGUCGUAUUGUCAAUGACUCAUUACUUGAGACUUGAGAAAGAAAGCGAAAGUCCACCCCAGGCUGAAUGUCACGACAGAUUACCGUAAGCGACCACUAUUGUGAAGGAAAUU